AUGGAGCCCGAAACCAGCAAGUCCGCCGCGGACACCAGCCUGGAAGGUCUGGGGUACACGCCGGAACUUUCCCGCAACCGUUCAGUCCUCCAGGUCGCCUUCAUGUGCUUCAUCCUAUCCUCCGUUCCCUACGGCCUUGCGACGACCCUGUUCUACCCCCUGGCCGGUGGCGGUCCGUCCAACAUCAUCUGGGGCUGGAUUAUCGUCUCGAUCAUCAUCCUGUGUGUAGCCUGCUCGCUGGCCGAGAUCACGUCCGUCUAUCCCACCGCCGGCGGUGUUUACUACCAGACCUUUGCCCUGUCGCCCCCAUGGUGCCGUCGUGCCGCUGCCUGGAUUUGCGGCUGGUCCUAUGUCCUCGGCAAUGUCACCAUCACCCUGGCUGUAAACUUCGGCACCACCCUGUUCUUCGUCGCCUGUCUUAACGUUUUCGAAUCUUCCCCCGGCGUCGGCCUUGUAGAUGACCUGGAGACCUAUCAGAUCUACCUGAUCUUCCUCGCCAUGACCCUAUUGACCCAUGCCAUUUCUGCCCUGGGCAACAAAUGGCUCCCCCAUCUGGAGACGUUUGCCAUCUUUUGCACCUUGAUUGGGUUGAUUGCCAUGAUUGUCUGCACACUGGUGAUUGCCAAGCACGGUAGACACUCCGGUAAGUGGGUGUUUACGCAUUUUGAGCCCCAAUCCGGCUGGCCCUCGGGCUGGUCCUUUUGUAUUGGUUUGCUGCAUGCCGCAUAUGCCACGUCGGCCACUGGAAUGAUCAUCUCGAUGUGUGAGGAAGUUCAGGAACCUGCCACCCAAGUCCCCCGGGCGAUGGUGGCCACCAUCGUGCUCAAUUUCGUGGCUGGGUUGGCCUUCCUGCUGCCCCUGACUUUUGUCCUGCCCGAUCUGACCAUGCUGGUCAACCUGGUGUCGGCGCAGCCCACCCCCGUGAUUCUCAAGGAUGCCAUCGGAAACUCGGCCGGUGCCUUUUGCCUCCUCCUUCCUUUGAUCAUUCUGGGAAUUAUUUGCGGUGUCGGGUGCGUGACGGCAGCCUCACGGUGCACCUGGGCGUUUGCCCGUGAUGGCGGCAUUCCCGGAUCCAAGUGGUGGAAGUCGGUGAAUCGCUCGCUGGACAUCCCACUGAAUGCCAUGAUGCUGGAUAUGGGCGUCGAGAUUGCGCUGGGCGCCAUCUACUUUGGUUCCACGGCCGCGUUCAAUGCCUUUAGCGGUGUUGGUGUCAUCUUCCUGACCCUCAGCUAUGCCUGUCCCAUUGCCGUCUCGUUCCUCUUCCGCCGCCGCGCAGAUCUGAAGAAUGCUCGGUUUCAAUUGGGAUUCUUUGGUGGGAUCUGCAACGUCGUUGCUCUUGCGUGGAGUCUCCUGGCCAUCCCCCUGUUCUGCAUGCCCUCGUUCAUGGUUGUCACUCUGGAGACUAUGAGCUACGCCUGCGUGGUAUUCGUGGGGUUUACCGCGAUCGCCGCUCUGUGGUACUGGGUCUGGGGCUACCAGAAUUAUGCAGGCCCGCCCAAGGAGGGUGUCGAUGCCAUCGCGGAGUAUCCCAACGUGCAUGCCAAGACUGGGUGA